AUGAGUUUGAAGUUACAAGGGAAACCUGCUAGACUUCAAGUGGAUCCUGCCACUAUAACUGACGAUGAUAAGCCACCACAAUCUGGAACUACAUUUAAUAUAUGGUUUCUAAAAUGGUCUGGAGGUGAUAGUAGUUCAAAUAAAAAUUAUACAAAGCUGAAGUUUAGAGUCAAUAUUAAGAAUGAUUCUGGUUAUACUAAAUCUAGUUCAAGAUCUCCAAUCUGUUUAUUUUUCGCUCGUGGAUGUUGUUACAAGGGUAAAAAAUGUCCUUAUAAACAUAACUUGCCACAAUCUGAUGAUUAUAUAAUUCCUACUCAAGAUUGCUUUGGUCGAGAUAAAACAUCUGAUUAUAAAGAUGAUAUGGAUGGGGUUGGUUCAUUCAAUAGAACAAAUAGAACUCUUUAUAUUGGUGGGCUUCAUCUGAGUGAAAAGGCAGAAACCAUUCUUUCAAAACAUUUCCAAGAAUUUGGAUCUAUUGAUAAGAUUAAAGUUUUACAUGACAAAAGUUGUGCAUUUAUAUCAUUUAAAACUGAACCUGAAGCACAAUUUGCCAAAGAGGCAAUGCAGAGUCAAUCUCUCAAUGAUGAUGAGAUCCUCAACAUUAGAUGGGCAAGUGAAGACCCAAACCCACAAGCUCAGAGACAGGAAAAGAGAAGGUUGGAAGAAGAAGCAUUGAAAACAGUUAAAAAUCUACUUAAUCAAGUAGAUUCACAACGUAAACGUACAAAAGUAUAUGUUGAGGAACCAGAAGAAGAAGAAGAAGAAACUACCCCGAACGUGGGACAAAAACUACUUGUUGAACAUAAUGAUGUCCCUUCUAUUCUUCCGAAUACUUCGAUACUUUCAACUCUGUCAUUAGAACAAUUAAAGAAAUUGAAAUUCAAGCAAAAUGUUAAAGUUCCUACAAAAUCUAAUGAUCCAAUAGUUCCUAAGAAUUUAUCUACCAUGUUGGAGUAUUCAAGCGAUGAAGAAUAA